ACGGCGCGCAUCACAUAACGCUCCCCGCCGAAAAUGGAAUAUGACAAGCGUAUAGAAGAAACAACUGGUGCUUGAUCACGAUGCAGUGUUCAUGGAUGAACAUUACUGAGACACUUAGACCCCUUGAAGCGCCACUGUGUCUGGCGUGGAGGAAUCCCAUCUGACCGUCUCCAUGCAGAUGACCAGUGAUGGCCACAACAUCAGACCCAGCAGAAGAUUCGGUUGAUGACGCGGUGACUGAGCACAUUUUUAACCCCCUGGAAAUGAUUUUUCUGACCUGCUUCCUGACGUCCAUUAUCAUUAUGACCGUCCUUGGCAACCUUCUAGUGAUGGUGGCCCUGUGUAGAGACAAACAGUUGAGGAAGAAGAAGACCAACUACUUCAUCGUUUCAUUGGCAUUCGCAGACCUCCUCGUCGCCCUUCUAGUCAUGCCGUUUGCAGCCAUAGAGCUCACCACAGGCCAGUGGAGCUACGGAGAAACAUUGUGUCUGGUGCGCACAUCGCUGGACGUGCUGCUCACCACUGCCUCAAUACUACACCUGUGCUGCAUCGCUCUGGACAGGUACUAUGCAAUUUGCUGCCAACCACUGGUGUACAGGAACAAGAUGACACCUGUAAGAGUGUCUCUGAUGCUGGGGGGAUGCUGGGUUAUCCCCUCUUUCAUCUCCUUCCUUCCCAUCAUGCAAAACUGGAAUGCCAUCGGCAUUGAGGACAUUAUUGAGGAGAGGAAGCUGAGCCAUGCUACAAACAAGACAUCGUGCGUGUUCCUGGUGAACAGGCCCUACGCCCUCAUCUGUUCAGCUGUGGCCUUUUAUGUGCCCCUGGGCCUGAUGGUUCUUGCUUACCAGCGCAUCUAUGUGACCGCCAUGGCACAUGCCCGUCAGAUUGGGACCCUGCGGCGUGCUGGCUCCACCCCGGCUCCCUACUAUGGCCAUGACCAGCAGGGCUCCAGCCGCAUGAAGAUCGAGACCAAGGCAGCCAAGACGCUGGCGGUGAUUAUGGGCUGCUUCUGUCUGUGCUGGGCACCGUUCUUUGUCACCAAUGUAGUGGACCCCUUUAUCAAGUACAGUGUGCCCUGGCAGGUGUGGACUACAUGGCUCUGGCUAGGUUACAUCAACUCGGGCCUAAACCCGUUCCUCUACGCCUUUCUGAACCGGGCUUUUCGCAGAGCCUUCCUCAUGAUCCUGUGCUGCGGGGAUGAGCGUUAUACCCGGCAGGGAAGCUUUAGCUUGACCAGACCUUAUUCAGCUUCUGUCAACGGCACCUCUAUAGCGCUCAGGAGCACAUGUAUUGAGGUCCCCUCCCCAGCUCUGCAGGAGCUCCUGAGACACAGCUUCAGUGGACAGGCACACCAUCAUAGAUUGUCACUUCUUCCAGACCAAAGCUACAAUGACAAUGGCAAACGAAUCCUUUCUAGUGAACAGGAAUCACAAGACUCUGCUGGUGUUUUAUAGCAAUGAGAAU